AAAUCGCAGGACCGUGUCUGUUCCGGGUAGCGUUACUUCCGGUUCAGACAACGAUCUUACCAAGAUGGCGACGUCCGAGAAGAAACAUCCUCCUAACACGGCCUGUGACAUUCCCGCUGGUUUUACUGUUCUCUCCCUCCUGUUCGGCGACAGUCCUGUUCCACUCCGUGUGUUCGUGAAGGAACACAACGUUCCAGCUAAGAAAGGUUCUGUCAGACCGCUGGACCGGACUUUGUUUGUGCAGAACGUCCCUUCGCAUUGUUCCGAGGACGUCGUUAGAGAACUGUUCUCCCGGUUCGGCAGCGUUAGCUUGGUAGAGCUGAGAGACAACCCAGGUUCCUCUGAGGAUUCUGAACCCACACUGUUCAGUUUCUUCAAACCAGCUGAGAAACAGGAUUUUAAAGUUGGUUAUAUUGUGUUUGAGAAAUCCUCUGGUCUAGCAGCAGUGAAAUCCCAUCCUCCUGAUGUUCCCCUGGUGUUUAUUGGUCAGCGUUCAGUGAGUACAGGAGUCCAGACCUAUCCAGAAGUCCCACCUCAUCAUGUCUGGGAAAAAAAGGAGGUUGUGAAUGAUCAGGAGCUCUGGAACCAGGAAACAACCUCCAGUUUGGACCAGAAGGAAGCAGAACUUCCACAGAUGAAAGAUGAACAGCAGGAACUCUGCAUCAGUCAGUUCAUUCUGAAGCAUGAAGAUGUUUCAGUCACAGAGAUUUCUCCUUCUGAAGAAACAGACUGCUGUAAACCAGAACCGAACUGGAACCAACCCUUGUGUCAGAGUUCUGCUGAAGCUGAGAACCAAGAUCAGGAUGGAUGCAAAAAUGAAAACUCAGAAUCAAAGAGCAGUGAUGGCCUUAUACAAAAUAAAAGACGUAAACAAACUAAAGAUCACAGAGAUGGUGUAGAUGGUCCCAAAAGAAAAAAGCACAAGAAAAUUGAAACAGGUGAGAAGUCACAUAUGUGUGAAAUUUGUAGUAAAUCUUUUUCUCAGUGUAAUAAAUUGACAAAACACAUGAGAACACACACAGGUGAGAAACCUUAUUCAUGUGAAACUUGUGGUAAAUGUUUCUCUGAUAAAAACAGUUUGACUGCUCACAAAAGGACUCACACAGGUGAGAAGCCUUAUUCAUGUGAAACCUGUGGUAAAUGUUUCUCUGAUAAAAGUACCUUGAGUACUCACAAAAGGACUCACACAGGCGAGAAGAAAUGUGUGUGUAUAGCUUGUGGUAAACGUUUUUCUGAGAAUAAUGUCUUGAAUGUUCACAUGAGAACUCACACAGGUGAAAAGCCUUAUUCAUGUGAAACUUGUGGUAAAUGUUUCACUCAGAGUUAUGCAUUGACCGUUCACAUGAGAACUCACACAGGUGAAAAACCAUAUUCAUGUAAAUUUUGUGGUAAAGGUUUCUGUGGUAAAAGUGGCUUGACUACUCACAUGAGAACUCACACAGAUGAGAAGCCAUAUUCAUGUGAAAUUUGUGGUAAAUGUUUCUCUCAGAGUUUUAAUUUGACUGUUCACAGGCGAACUCACACUGGUGAGAAGCCCUAUACAUGCGAAACUUGUGGUAAACAGUUGUCUUAUAAAUGUAGCUUGACUCAACACAUGCGAACUCACAGACAGCCUUUCUACUACUGUAGUGUGUGUAGUGAUUACCUGCAUAAUUACCUGGUAACACCCAGAACACAUCUGUGGAAUCCAGUGCAUCUCAUUACUCCGAAGUUUCUGAAGAGAGUAGUGAUUCUGGAGGGGGCAGAGGGAGAGCAGGAAGAGGAGCAGGAAGAGGGAGAAACAUAUAUGAAAGUACAGGCCGGGGGAGAAGCCAGGCUAGAGGAAGAAGAGCUAGAGCUGGACGCAUUAAACUGCAGAGUUACAGGAGUGUUACUGGACAUUAUGGACUAUAGACAGGCCACACCAGGACACCCUCCAUCAAACCAGGGUCAGCCAGCUUGGUGCACCUGCUCCUACUGCCGAAUGAUGCCUACAGACCUGGAAAACAAGUGCUGUAGACAGGAUCCAGAAUGGGGUUUGAGCAGGCGUGCUCAUUUUAACCUGUACUGCAUGGAUGAAGGCAUCCUGCGUUUGGCUCGGCAGACGUGGAAUGACAUUUUGGCUCUGCGUGAUAGCCAAGACCCUGGAUCAGAUAAUCGGGAGUACCGUUACUGUGCCUAUAGACAGUACACUAUUUGGCAAUAUGGACGUCUUGGCGCUGGCAAUCGUAGGGUGAUUCCUUCCUGCUGUGUUUGGAGGAUUAGAGACAAAUACCCUGACCACUUUGGGAUUUAUUUCAGCUGUAGGAGGAGGGCUGAUCCCGGAGAGAGGACCCAGGGCCCUGGGGUCAUCAGCCUGAAUGCUUCUUCUUUUUGGGAGUCCCCCAGCAGAGCUGAGGCGCUUCUCCAGGAUUCUUGUCUGCAGCUCUGGGAUGUAGCCGUAGUCUUUGGUCUCCUUUACAGUGUGAACACUCACCAGGCAGAGAAGACAAUAAAACCGGUCUUCUGCUUCAUUGCAUUGUUUGGUGUGCCAUCGCUGGUUCAGAACAAUCCGAGCAUGAAAGCACCUGCCAAAGCCCCAUUCAUGCUCUCCAGUCACGUGGUGAAGUACACCCUUCCAGACAUCCUAAAAACACACAAAGUAGAAAAUACAAACAUUUACAUCACCCAGGAAGACCCGGGGGAAGCCUGCCUGCUGGACCCGAGCAAAAUCUUAUUUUUGAUUUUAAAGACCUAUAGAGACAAUCACAACAACCUGGGCUCAUUCACAACCCGACAGUACCAUGGACAGAUAUCAACAAGGGAUGCCUAUUCACCAGGUGGGACCCAUGUCUCUGUCAAGCAGAACAGACUGUCUCCAGUAUUUGCGAAAAAGUCCUUCAGAAGAGUAUUCCAUAGUAAGCGGACAUUCAGGAGAGCAAUCCAGAGAGAUGACAAGGGUGACGAUGGAGGCGAGAGACCAGUUUUCCGCACCAACAUGAUUCCACCGGCACACUGCCAGAUUGUGAGUGGAGAGAAGGAAGGCCGGGACUCCAUCAAACAGCUCCCUGCACGAUUACUUGUAUGCCACGUGGUGGAACUGCAAAGGCCCAGUUCUCUGCCAGAUAUCCAAAAGAGAGAGCCAAAGCAUGUUGUUACACACUCGGCAUGCCCAGCUAAGGCCACAGGUGAGGAUUUCUCAGGAACUCAUGCAACUGGCAUACCAGCCCCAUUUAGGAGUUGUGCCUUCAACACCAUUCAGCCUUUGCUGCUGGGUGAGAAGCUGCGGGUGAUGGGUGUUAGCGACACAUGGAUCUCUAGGAUUACUGAUUACUUGACUGGCAGGCCACAGUUUGUCUGCUUGGGAAACAUCCUAUCUGAUGUGGUGGUCAGUGAUGUAGGAGCUCCACAGGGAACUGUGCUUUUCCUCUUUUUAUCCACGACUGAUUUUCAGAAGAAGAGGAUGCCUUCACAGCCACUACAGAUCAGGGGGAAGGCUGUGGAAGAGGUGGAGAACUACAGGUACCUGGGUGUUGUGAUAGUACAAGAAGGGAUUGAGCAGACUCUAUUUCUUGAGGAUGCUGAGAUCCUACAACGUGUGAAGGGAGAAUGCUGGAGAUCUUUUACCAGUCUGUUGUUGCCAGCAACAUCUUUGCUGCCAUGCACAGAGGACUUACCUCCCUGUUUAUCUGAGUGGCGCACUGGUCUGGAGCCAAACGACUAUUACAACCAGGGCGCCUCCAGCGAUCACUCCCGAAAGACAACAGAGUUCUUAGCUCAGCGAGCUGCGGGGUGCCAAGGAGACGAGUGUAGUGAUCCAGCCGGACGGGAGAAACCAAGAGGAAGUCUGGUUAGCAAAGUAGCUUGUUCUUUUGGUUUGUCAGGUGAAUGUUUGAAUCUCAGCAGUAAAGAUUUUUUUUCAGGACAGUCUCUGAUGGAGUUUGUCAGCACGCGACUAGCUGCUGCUGAAGAGAUCGAUGGUCAGCACAGAAUGCCGGAUGUGAGGAGGAAACUACAGCUCAAACUACACAGGAUAGAACUCCCACUGCAUCAUGUCAGGGAAGAUGAAGAAGUUUUGAUUGACCGGCAGCCCUAUAACCAGGAGAUGUCCUUCAGUUUGGACCAAGAAGAUCCAGAACAUUUACAGGAGGACCCAGAACCUUCACAGAUAAAAGUGGAACAAGAUGACCCAGAACUUUUGCAGAUUCUAGAACAAGAGGGUCUCUGCAUCAGUCUGGAUGAAGAGCUGUUUGUAUUGAAGCAGGAGAUGGUUACCUCCCUUGUGACUCCUUUUGAGGAAAGAGACCACAGUGAACCAAAACCAAAAGCCUAUCCAGAAUUCCCACAACAUCAUGUCUGGGGAAAAGAGGAGGUUCUGAAGGAACAGCAGUUCUGUAACCAUGAGACAAACUUCAGUUUGGACCAGAAGGAAGCAGAACUUCUACCAGUGAAGGAGGAGCAGGAGGAACGCAGCAUCAGUCAGCAUGAAGGGCAGUUCAUUCUGAAGCAUGAAGAUGUUUCAGUCACAGAGAUUUCUCUUUCUGAAGAAACAGACUGCUGUAAACCAGAACCGAACUGGAACCAACCCUUGUGUCAGAGUUCUGCUGAAGCUGAGAACCAAGAUGAUGGAUGCAGAAAUGAAAACUCAGAAUCAAACAACAAUGAUGGCCUGAUACAAAACGACGGACACAAACAAACUAAUGAUCACAAAGACAGUGCAGAUAGUCCCAAAGUAAAAAGGCUCAUGAGAAGCCACACAGGUGAGAAGCCAUAUCCAUGUGAAACGUGUGAUAAAUGUUUCUCUGAUAAAAGUAGCUUGACUAAUCACAUUAGAACUCACACAGGUGAAAGGCCUUACUUAUGUGAAACUUGUGGUAAAUGUUUCUCUCUGAGUACUCAGCUGACCAGACACAUGAGGACUCACACAGACGAGAAGCCGUAUACAUGUCACAUUUGUGGUAAAUGUUUCUCUCAGAGUUAUGCUGUAACUAUUCACAUGACAACUCACACAGGUGAGAGGCCACAUCCUUGUGAAACAUGUGGUAAAUGUUUCUCUGAUAAAAGGACAUUGACAAAACACAAGAAAACUCACACCGAUGAGAAGCCAUAUUCAUGUGAAACUUGUGGUAAACGUAUUUCUCAGAGUUAUGACUUAACUGUUCACAUGAGGACUCACAUAGGUCAGAAGCCGUACACAUGUGAAACCUGUGGUAAAUGUUUCUCUGAUAAAAGGACCUUGACUAAACACAAGAGAUCUCACACAGGGGAGAAGCGAUAUUCAUGUAAUACGUGUGGUAUGUGUUUCUCUCAGAGUUCUAACUUGACUACUCACAUGAGAACUCACACAGGUGAGAAGCCAUUUUCAUGUGAAUCUUGUGGUAAAUGUUUCUCUCAGAGUUCUAACUUGACUACUCACAUGAGAACUCACACAAGUGAAAAACCAUAUUCAUGUAAAACUUGUAACAAAUGUUUCUCUCAGAGUAAUGAUUUGACCAGACACGUGAGAACUCACACAGGUCAGAAGCCAUACACAUGUGAAACUUGUGGUAAAUGUUUCUCUGAUAAAAGGACCUUGACUGCUCACAAGAGAUCUCACACAGGGGAGAAGCCAUAUUCAUGUAAUACGUGUGGUAUGUGUUUCUCUCAGAGUAAUGAUUUGACCAGACACGUGAGAACUCACACAGGGGAGAAGCCAUUUUCAUGUGAAUCUUGUGGUAAAUGUUUCUCUCAGAGUUCUAACUUGACUACCCACAUGAGAACUCACACAGGUGAGAAGCCAUUUUCAUGUGAAUCUUGUGGUAAAUGUUUCUCUCAGAGUUCUAACUUGACUACCCACAUGAGAACUCACACAGGUGAGAAGCCAUUUUCAUGUGAAUCUUGUAACAAAUGUUUCUCUCAGAGUAAUGAUUUGACCAGACACGUGCAAACUCACACAGGUCAGAAGCCGUACACAUGUGAAACUUGUGGUAAAUGUUUCUCUGCUCAAAGGACCUUGACUACUCACAAUAAAUCACACAAGAAGCCACAUUAAUGUAAAACUUCUAGUAGGGAUGCCCUGAUACAACUUUUUUUACUUCCAAUAUGAUACAGAUAUUGCAGCCUUCAGUGUUGACCGAUAACGAUAUCAAUAACCAAUAUAUCAGCCCAAAUCAUGCAUACUUUUACCUAUUUCAUAGUAUAGAAUGUAUAAAAGGCUUGAUCAAAUGAUAUUAAUCAAGCAGAGAACAAAAGUACGAAAAAAAAUGACCAAGUUUUUAUUAACCUUUGGUUGCACCACGGAAGCCAAACUGUCUUUUUCGGACUUUAACAAAAAAUGCAGCCACACGGUUGACAUUGUUCCUUGCUAUUUUGCUGACACCCGCUGUUCUGAUCACGUUGACUUUGCAUGCUGGAUCUGAGCUUUGCUGGAUAGAAUUGCUGGAAUGGAAUUUAAAGCUGAACGUACUGCUAAUAUCUGAGAUUUUUGAUGCAAUCCGAUAUGAUCGGAUACAGUGUUUUUGGGCCGAUAACCGAUAUCAAUAUCGGUACGGGACAUCCCUAACUUGUAGUAAAUGUUUCAGUCCAAAUGAGGACUCUUACAUGUGAGAAUCCUUUUCCGUGUGUAAUCUGUGGAAGUAGAUUAAGCCAGAAAUCUAAAUUAGCAUCAUAUAAUUCAUAAAGCCAGAUUAGCGCAAAAACUCACAGUUCAGAAUAUGUAAAAUGUUGCAAUAGAAUAAAAAAUCUGGUUAAAAAGAUUUGAGUCUGUAAUUAAUCAUCAAUAAACUGUCCCAGAACAUCAAUGGGAAUGGUUUGUCUGGGAAGGGAAAAACAAAACUUACUCUCAGCUUAUAAUUCAGCCUAAUAAUAACUUUAAUCAAAGCUGCAACCAGCAUCAUACUGUCUCUGCAGGUCAGUGCCGCUGUAGCCUACUGUUGCAAGUAUGGGCCUUCUACACAGCCAAAGUUCAUCGCUCAAUUUUGCAAGUCACCACAAGGGGGAACAAUAAGCCUCUUUAAAGCAGUAAAUCAUGCUCCAGCCACCUCUGAGGGGGCUGAAGCAAACUAAUGAGACACAGAAGUUUAUAACACCUUUCAUACAAUCUGAUCUUUUUUAUUAGGAUUUUAUUCCAAAAUUAAGGGAUUUUUUUUCAAAAGGUCAUAGGUAAAUCAGUCUAAAUACCCAAAACCAUUUCUCAAUUGUGUUACUAAGCCACACCAAUGAGACACAGCAGUUUAUAACACCUUU